UUGUGGUAGGACUCCACUAGGGGGUUCUAGUGCAGACAAUGUUUGCCUAAUCCAUGAACGGAUCAGACGUCGAUGAGGAGGGAGUUGACGAUGCAAGACUGACACGUGCAAGAUCACUUAGGGUCCCGCACGUGUUCCAGGCCCUAGAACCGGGAGAAGAAAGACGGCUUGGUGCCGAACGCAGAGCCCGUGCACUAGCAGCAGCUAGAAAAACAGCAAACGCCGCAGCUAGGGAACAGGCUGCACCAGCAGCCAGGGCAGCAGCCAUGACUAGCUCAGCAGCAUCCUAUGCUGCGUUGUCUGGGACCAAUGGGACCCAGUUGGGAAUGCCAACAGGGUCCACAGGUACUUCCAGUUCUAUGGGUUCUCGUCAGUCUACAAGUCAAAUGGCGGGCUCGCAGUUCAGCCUGUUGACUCCUCGCGAAAGGGAGCUCAGGGAGCUCCAACAGGUCGAAAGGAUCCGUGAAAGAUUAGAAAGGGAACUGAAACAAGCUACCGACAGAGAAAAAGAAAUAAAGAGUAGAGCGGCCAGGCUUGAUAUGUUAGAGGCUGACAAGGCUGAGUUAGAGGGCUUGGAUGACUCUGGAAUGAAUGAGCCCAUGAAAGUGUUGAGGAACAACAUGCUGUCGCUGCAUGCACACGUGGACAGCAGGUUGGACUUCAUGCAGAGCACUUUGGACCAGAUCCUGGAUGUUUUGACAAGGCCAGGAUUUAGGCCACCACCGCAAUCGCCAUUGCCGUUAUCGACGAUGUCAGGCCCCUUUCCAGUUCAAGCUGAGAGCCUGAUCCUCGUCCCUGGCAUCAACUAUAGUGACCAGUUCCUGUUAACAACAUUUGUUAGAUGUCUUCCUGAGAACAUCAGGAACUUGCUGGCCAGCGAGGCACGCCUCGAGUACCAUUCGUUUGAGACCUUGUCUAGGAAAGCCUUAGAUCUAGAGGCGACGCUAGGCAAUGCUCAACCCACUCAGAAUGACACGAAGAACAAGAAGAGUCCUCAAGAGUGGAAAAAGAAGGGGGCUAAGUUGAUGAUGGUGGAAUCCGAUGGGACCCAAACUGAGAUCGACGAGCUCACUGACCUGAUGGACUACACAGAGUUUGACGGCGAGGAGGUAGCGAGGGGAAGCACCCUCGCCGCGGUCGUAAAGACUAAGGCAGAUGGUCAAGGGAAGGGCCAACCUAGGAGUCAAGGGAAGGCCGCCUCCAAUCAGUCCAAAGUGGUUGAAUGGGUGAAGGCAGGUCUUGAUCAAGACGUGUGGCGUGACCGCCGAGUGUGUGGCGCUUGUAUCAAUUGCGGGGAAUACGGACACUCGCAAUACAAGUGCCAGAACGCAAAGACCCUCAAAUGGAUCAAGACUCAACCGGCUCUUUCUGACGCACUCAAGCGAUGGAUUGAGGUCAUAGACCAAUAUGACUUCAAGCUUGAGUACUUAAAGGGAGAGUACAACAAGGUUGCGGAUGCGCUAUCUCGUAGACCAGACUACCUAGGUGCGCUAGUUUCUGACUUUGGCGUAUCUAACGAAGUAACUCAAUCAUUGGUGGGAGCCUAUCAGGAAGACCCUGUCACGAUGGACAUCAUGCGCAAACUUCAGGCAAAAGACAAGGCUACGGAAAGUGAGUUUGUGAUGGUGGACGGGUUACUCUAUCUUGAUAAGGCAGGAAUAAAAAGGUUAGUAGUUCCAUCUAGUGAACGUUUGCGUAGUUUAUUUUUAGGCGAAUGUUAUGACGCAACCGGGCACUUUGGCUACAAGAAGACGAGUGCUAACUUAGUACAACGAUUUUGGUGGCCUGGUAUGUUGGAUGACGCGAAGAAGUACGUAGAGACCUAUCAGGUCUGUCAGCGGGACAAGCCGCGAACUCAAGCACCGCUUGGGUUGUUGAAGCCUUUGCCUAUCCCUGUUGGUCCAGGGCAGAGUGCCUCCAUGGAUUUCAUGGACACCCUGGUGACUAGUAAGAGUGGCAAGAGGCACAUCUUCGUCAUCAUCGACCGAUUCACCAAGUACGCUAAACUAGUGGCUAUGCCAGAGACCGCAAGAAUUGACUACGUCAUCAAGUUGUUCAAAGACAACUGGGUGCGUGACUUUGGUUUACCAAAGUCAAUCGUUAGUGACCGAGAUGUCCGAUUCACAAGUGAGUUGUGGAAGAAGACUGCGGAACAGAUGGGCAGUCAACUUCAAAUGACUUCAGGGAAUCAUCCCGAAGCCAACGGACAAGCCGAACAAAUGAACAGAGUUGUACAGCACUUGCUGAGACAUUAUAUCAAGCCCAACCUAGAUGAUUGGGAUGAGCAGUUGCCUCUCAUCGCCAGCCUGUACAACAAUGCUAUCCAUAGCAGUACCGGCGCUAGUCCUAAUCAACUGCACUUGGGAUGGAAGCCUAGAUCAGCACUAGACUUCCUCCUACCUGAAAACCAACCCGCAGGAGGAUAGCCUGUACAACAAUGCUAUGGGUUGAACGGGCCGAAAAGCAAAAAUAGAAGAAGCAUUAAGGGUGACGGAAGCC